GUUUCAGCAGCCCUUCCUGAUGUCCGUGCCGUGCGCCUCCUUCCAGGGACUACCCACGAGUUCCUGUUCGGGGCCCUUGCCGAGCUCGUCGAUAACGCCAGAGAUGCAGAUGCCACAAGAAUAGACAUUUAUACAGAGCAACGGGAGGAUCUGCGAGGUGGAUUCAUGCUGUGUUUCCUGGAUGAUGGAACGGGAAUGGAUUCAAGUGAAGCUGCCAGCGUCAUCCAGUUCGGCAGGUCGGCCAAGCGCUCGCCGGAGUCCACGCAGAUCGGGCAGUACGGCAACGGCCUCAAAUCGGGCUCCAUGCGCAUUGGGAAGGAUUUUAUCCUGUUCACGAAGAAGGACAACACUUUGACUUGCCUCUUCCUGUCCCGGACGUUUCACGAGGAGGAGGGCAUUGACGAGGUCAUCGUUCCCCUGCCCACGUGGGACGCRCGGAACCGAGAGCCUGUGACCGACAACAUGGAGAAAUUCGCCAUCGAGACCGAGCUCAUUUACAAAUAUUCCCCUUUCAAGUCGGAGGAGGAAGUGAUGGAGCAGUUUAACAAGAUCCAUGGCGAGAAAGGCACUCUGGUGAUCAUCUUCAACCUCAAGCUCAUGGAUAAUGGAGAGCCAGAGCUGGACGUGACUUCUGACCCCCGGGAUAUCCAGAUGGCAGAAACGCCGCCAGAGGGAACCAAGCCCGAGCGCCGCUCCUUCCGUGCCUACGCUGCCGUGCUCUACAUUGAUCCCAGGAUGCGCAUCUUCAUCAACGGACACAAAGUGCGGACCAAGAGGCUUUCGUGCUGCCUCUACAAGCCAAGGAUGUACAAGUAUACCUCGAACCGCUUCAAGACCCGUGCGGAGCAGGAGGUGAAGAAAGCAGAACACAUGGCAAGGAUCGCGGAGGAGAAGGCUCGAGAGGCAGAGAGYAAAGCCCGAGCGCUGGAACUGCGCCUAGGAGGGAACCUGGCCCGGGAAUCCAGGGUGACGCUGCGUCAGGUGCAGAACUCGGCCAUCAGCAUGCGCAGGGAGGCCGACGUCAAGAGGAGGAUGAAGGACGCGAAGCAGCGGGCACUGAAGGAACCCAAAGAACUCAAUUUUAUCUUUGGUGUGAACAUUGAGCAGCGUGACUUGGAUGGCAUGUUCAUUUAUAAUUGCAGUCGACUGAUAAAGAUGUAUGAGAAGGUGGGCCCACAGCUGGAAGGUGGCAUGGCCUGUGGCGGAGUGGUCGGGGUGGUGGACGUGCCCUACUUGGUUCUGGAGCCAACCCACAACAAACAGGACUUUGCUGACGCCAAAGAGUAUCGGCACUUGUUGAAGGCCAUGGGAGAGCACUUGGCCCAGUACUGGAAGGAUGUUGCCAUAGCCCAGAGGGGUAUCAUCAAGUUCUGGGAUGAAUUUGGUUAUUUGUCAGCAAACUGGAACCAGCCUCCGUCCAGCGAGCUCCGCUACAAACGCCGAAGAGCCAUGGAAAUUCCUACCACGAUUCAGUGUGAUGUGUGUCUGAAGUGGCGCACGCUCCCGUUCCAGCUGAGUUCCGUGGAGAAGAAUUACCCUGAUAGCUGGGUGUGCUCCAUGAACCCGGAUCCCGAACAGGACAGAUGUGAAGCCGCAGAGCAGAAGCAGAAAGUGCCCCUGGGAAGUCUGAAGAAAGACCUGAAAUCACCAGAAGAAAAGCAGAAGCAGCUGUCGGAGAAAAUCCGCCAGCAGCAAGAAAAGCUGGAAGCGUUGCAGAAAACCACUCCAAUUCGAUCUCAAGCUGACUUAAAGAAACUGCCCCUGGAGGUGACUACCCAGCCUGCAGGAGAGACCGCUCAGCCACUGAGCCGACCRCAGCGCCCACGAUCUCCUCCUUUACCUGAUGUAAUUAAGAAUGCCCCCAGCAGACCACCAUCAUCCAAGCCUCUUCCAAAGUCCUCCGGCCAGCAGAAAAGGAGUUCUGYAGCUCAGCCAAGCACUAGCGCUCCCAAACUGGCCAACACCUCCAGGGAGGAGGCCGGUACUUCCAGGACAGCCCAGGUCUCUGGGACAGCUGGCAAGUCCCACAGCACCCUCAGAAGUCAUGCCAAAUCAGCCAGGUCCCCCUCUGCUGUCCCGCAGAGCCCCAAGAGCCUGCGUGAGACAUCGAGUCCCAAAGCCGCAAAAGUGCCAGUGAAGAAAUCAGCUGCUGUCAAAUCUACCCAGCAGGCCUCCACCACCCGGAAAAGGACUUUAAAUGCCACAGAAGAUGGGUCCGAGGAAGAAGUGGAGCAGAAGAGGACAAAUAAACGAGGCAAAAUUGUGAUAUUGAAAGAGGAGAAGAAGGAAUCAAACGAAGUGGUGGUGGAGCUCACUGACAGCGCAGGAGAAGAAGAGCUAGCAGAGCUGAAGAAGGCUCAGACAGAUAAAGGGCUGCACGUGGAGGUGCGUGUGAACAGGGAGUGGUUCACGGGCCGCGUCACGGCUGUGGAGCUGGGCAAGAACGCGGUGCGGUGGAAGGUGAAGUUUGAUUAUGUUCCUACAGACACCACCCCGAGAGAUCGCUGGGUGGAGAAGGGCAGUGAGGAUGUGAGGUUGAUGAAGCCUCCCUCUCCAGAGUACCAGACUCCAGACACGCAGCAGGAAGAGGAGGUUACUGCAGCUGAACCUUCUACCUCAGACUGUAUCAGAAUUGAACCAGAUACCACUGGGCCCAGCAGCAGCCAAGAAACGGUCGACUUGCUAGUGCAAAUCCUUCGGAACUGUUUGCGGUAUUUCUUACCUCCAAAUUUUCCCAUCUCCAAGAAGGAGCUGAGUUCCAUGAGCUCAGAGGAGCUGAUGGCAUUUCCCUUGAAGGAGUAUUUCAAGCAAUACGAAGUAGGUCUGCAGAACCUGUGCAAUUCAUAUCAGACACGCGCCGACGCCCGGGCCAAAGCCUGUGAAGAAAAUCUCCGUAACUCAGAGAAGAAGCUGAAGGAGACGGAAGAGAAGCUGCAGAAGCUGAGGACUAACAUCGUGGCUCUGCUGCAGAAAGUGCAGGAGGACAUUGACAUUAAUACAGAUGAUGAACUGGAUGCGUAUAUCGAGGACCUCAUCACCAAAGGAGACUGAGCAGCCCCCUCGCAGGCCCUGGAGCAGUUUGCAGAGCUGGUUUCUGCGAGCAGGGACACGGGAGUUCCUGCAGGGGAAGGACUGUGGCACCCAGCGAGAGCAGAGGCCGUUAGACUGUAAUUCUGUUGUGUUGGUGUACAACCUGUUCUUGUGACUGUACCCGAAAAAGACAUCCGUGCUGUUGGCAGGAACGUUUUUAACAUUGUAGUUCAAUUCUCUUCCUUCUGUUUAUAAAUAUUUAUUUUUAAAAGAAAUGGGAACUGUGCCUGGUAUGACAGGAGGGGUGCUGAGGGUUUUAGUGAGGUGAAAGUACGAGUACACUUUUUGUAUCUAGAAUACAUUGAUGUGCUGACCCCAGAAGAUGGGAAAAUCCUGCCUCGUAGAUUAUCUCAAGGAAGAAUCUGACAACUUAAAAUUACUGAGUCUUUGAGUUAGGGAACAGGAGGUGAGAAGAUAGAUUUUUGAGAUACCAACUUGGGCUAGAGAAGGUAAGGUCAGGUUUUGAGCUACAUAGGUGAGAUGGGAACGUUUUCUGUGUGAGCAUGAGGAGACGGGAUGAAAUCCUGAGGGUUUUGACAAAGCUGGGGGGGAAAUAGUGUUAGUGCAGUGAAGUUCCUGAACAUCAGGCUUCUGUAAGCAGGUGGAGUGAUUCAAAAUCCUCGUCAUCUGAGGAUGAGGAUCGCUUUGAAGGAUGCCUGCUGGGCUGCAAGUGGUGMGUUGUGAUCCUCAGAAGGAGAAAGAGCUAAAGUUCACAUUCUUUGCUAGCAGGGACCUUACUGCACGUUUUUGCUGCUGUUUCUCUGAGGCAUAAUUUGCAAGGAGAGAAGAAACCCUUGACCAGCUGAAAAUAAAGUGACUGCCUGUUCUAAGGUCACUCCUUCAGGUUUGUUUGCUUUGCGCAGCUUGCUCUUCCCAGGGGAUCUUGGGGAGAGCACAAGGGUUUGGAGCCCGGCGUCGCUGCCCACCUGGCCUCGGCUCGGCGACGGGGACGCCUCCUCCGUGCCUCCUCCCCGUUGGGAGCUGUGCCCAGCUCCUGGCAGACUCUUGAAGCAAAGAUACCUCGGUUGGAGUGCGUCGCCUGGCUCUCCUCGCUGAGAUUCUCUGCUGGACGAAACGUCUGUGAACUUGGUGCUCGCACAGCCCCAUCCUGCCCAGCCCGGGUCUGCGGAAAGGCCGUGCGACCGCGAUGCGGACGGACACAGGACAGACCACCGGGGUCACCACAUGGUGGAAGAUCUCACUGUGCUCUGCAAAUGCUCCCCAGUUAAACACGCGUUGC